UUAUUUUGAUUCAAACAACAUGGCGGCGCGCAGUGGUUCUCCCAUGUUGUCGCUGGUGAAGACGUGAUUCUGUUUAACAGGGAUUCCUCUGCGUUAAUAUCCAGCAGAUUGUGUUUGUCAAAGCAGAAAUGGCCACUCAAAAGAAGCUGGGGAAAAAGGAAAUCAAAAGGCCGCCUCCGGGUAAGACCUCCCUCGCCUCACCCUUCACCCCAACAUGGAGCCCACUCCCCCAAGAGGACAUGCAGUUCAUCCUGCAGACCCUGAAGGACAAACUGUUCUCGAUGGGCCUUGAGAAGAAAGAGGUGAAAAUCUUUCGCCCAUGGAGGAAGAAGAAGAAGGAGCAGGAAUCUGCUGCUGCCGCCGUGACACCGGAGCCCGUCGCUGCUGCUGCUGCUGCCGCCGCAUCACCGGAACCCAUCGCUGCUGCUGCUGCUGCUGCUGCUGAAACACCAGAGCCCGUCGCCCAGGUGCAGGAUUCUUCUAAAAACGGCUGGACAGAUGUGGCGGCCCGACGACAGCUGGCCAUUGGCAUCAACGAGGUCACCAAGGCUCUGGAGAGAAAUGAGCUCAGAUUGGUGUUGGUGUGUAAGUCUGUCAAACCCAAUCACAUGACAAGUCACCUGAUCCCGCUGAGUGCGACGCGAGGAGUGCCGGCGUGCCAGGUGCCCCGUCUGAGCCAGAGCGUGUCGGAGCCGCUGGGGCUGAAAAGUGUCCUGGCACUGGGAUUCAGACGCUGUGCCUCCCGUGACGAGGACAUCUUCACCGACACCGUUGAUGCCAUUAAACCCAGAGUGCCUCCAUUGAACAUUGCAUGGCUACCAGGUGCAGCUCCACCGGGUUGUUCACCUGCUGUGACACCCAACGACCCUGCAGACAUGGAGGAUGAGGCGGAGGCUGGAGAGAAGGGAGGCCAGAAAAGAAAACUGGAGAGCGAGACUGAGGUGGUGACAGAGUCUCCCUCCUCCUGGACUCUGCAGCCGCUCAUAGUGAAGAGAGUAGUUGCUAAUCCUGCAAAGAAAAAGAAAAAAAAGUAGACUGUCAAACUAAAGACAUCUGCCUGGAUAUUUUUGGACCACUCCUGUGUUAUUUCAUGAUUUAGCCCAGACGCUCCCUUAUUUUUUCCUUUUAAGAUCAUUUAGUUUUAAGAACUUUUUGAGAGGUGGAGAUAUCCAACGUUUUAUUAUGUUACCAGGUUGUUAUUCAUUAGAUUUAUCUUAAGAAUCCUGCUAACUCCCAUGUGUUGGGAUUCACUUUUGUUUUCCAACAUUUCAAUCAUUCAGCAAUUAGUUUAUAAUCCAUCAGUAUAUUUUGUAAAUCAACUCACCAAGACUUGAAACUUGCUUUGUCAUAGAUUGUCCGUUACAGCUUCUCCAUGAGUUGUUGGAAUCUUUCAUUAACAAGUAAAACAAUAUUCUUGCUUUUCUCUUAUACACCAUAGUUUGGAGGAUGAACUGCAGUUUAUAUCAAUCAGCGACUUAGUUAAAAACGUUUAAUGGUCAUUUUAAAUUUAGUUUUGGUCAAUGUGAUAUUUAACAGACAAAACAUGGAACAUUUAAAUCUGUGUUUGUACUUAUGAAUUUAAACAACUGGCAAUGUGACAAAAACAGAAUUAAACAUGUCUCAUCCUCACCAGUUUGCAGUGUUUGUAAUGAACACACCAUAAUAAACCACAGACGUGCACCACUCA